AUGCUGUGGGACAGUCAGAAACCAAGAAAUGUUAGGAAAGCUGCAUACACAAGAGGACUACAGGGAUUGGAGAGAGACCAGAGUUAAAUUGUCUUGUUUUUAUUCAUUAAGUCAACCAACAUUCAAUUUACCUCAGCAGCUCCAGUUGGGAAACAGAAUUAGAUUCUACCUCUAACAUCAUCCCUUCAACAUGAACGAUGACGAGGAGAGACACAGCCAUGGAGCCAGGCAGGCCCCCAACGUCAAACCCAAACUCAAUCAGAAAGAACAGAACAGCAAGGAGGACAUGUGGAAGAAGGUUAGGCCUGCUCAAGUGAGGAGAUCUAGGAGUACCGACUCGGAGAGGGGGGAAAGAGGCAGGAGGAGAGAACGAGACAACAGGCACCAGGCACAUGGGAGUAAGCGGGGGAGGAGUGAAGAGACCCGGAGCAACAGGAGGAAGGUGAAACCCUCUGAAGAUGAUGUGGAGGACACUGAGUGUGCUGUGUGUUUCUGCAAAUACAAUAACAUCUUCAAGACCCCCAAACUGCUGGUGUGCGGGCACACCUUCUGCCUGGAGUGCCUUGCUCGCAUCAAUGUAACCACUCCUGAGGUCAAGACCCUGUGCUGCCCUAUCUGCCGUGCGCUGACCGAGCUCCCCCACGGCCAGGACCUGCCCCGCCUGGGCAACAAUGAGGACAUCAUAAGCAAACUCCCAUCACACAUGCAGAGGGCACUGUCCAUCCGCUUCAAGCGUAGCAAGGGCAAACUGCUCCUGAAGAACCCUCCUCCCAGAAGCCAGAUCAAGUCUAACAUCCUCAGCCUGCCUAAAAAGAGCCACAAUGACCAGGUGACAGCAAGCGGUGACCUCCACGUGGAUGCCAUGGAGCAGGGAACAGUCACGACCUCUGUGGUGAACGUGGGCAGGCCUCCAAACAGGGUCAGAGGUCGCUUGCGCAGGUUGUUCCGCUCGAACCAGUGCUACUACGUUGUGGUGGGGUCCAUCAUUGCCAUCACUGUGGCACUCAUGCUGGUGGGGAUUCUGGGCUUUGUGAUCAAGCCAAUUGUAAGGCCUGCAGGGAGGCCAGUCUCACAGAGUACGGGCAGUCCAGGAACAAGACCAUGAAGGGGUCACGGGUGGACAGGCUGUAGAGAUAAGACUUGUGACUUAAGGGGAGAAAGAGAAUAUUACUUCUUCUUCUCAGUGAUCAUGUUGCCUGCUUUUGUUCUAAUGGUGAAGAAAAAGAUAAGCACUGGAACACGUUCAGGACAGUUCACUGAAGCACAGGAAUGAAGGAAAACAAGGGCACCAACAUUGUUUUU